AUGAUGGCACCUUCGCAUUCUUUUCCACUUGCAUUUCUGUCCCUCAUUUUACAUCAAACUUGCGCCUUCGCUGCCCCGUGGAUAGUCACCAAAGUGUAUGAGCAAGAUGUCUACACCGAGGAUUACAUAUACAGGACCACAACAAGGACUAGCAUCGAUGAAAUCACGCCGACAGCAUCACCGAUGCCUGCUGCCCUUUCAACAACAACUUAUGUAACAAGCGACAGUUAUGACGAUGCUGUCACAGUUGUUCAAGUGCUGUAUCCAUCUGGUGCAGGGAUCGAGUCGACCUACAAGUACUACAAUUACCAAGACUCAAAUGUCAUCACGCAGUACUAUGUGGAUAUGGUACUCACAGCGCCAACAUCCUGCUCUUCGCAGUGGACCGUGACCACUGCGGUUCCGGUCUAUGUUCCCAACGCUAUUGAAGACGCUUUGCUUGCGACGUCCAUGUCAACGAGCUACUCCGUGGACGAUAGCCAACCCUUUCAACCAACCACAUACACCAGGGCUCUUGCAUUCAUUGAUCCUACACAAGUGCCCGCGUCGAGUCUGAGCAGGCUCAGUAACUCCUACCAGCACACCAUAUACCGAGAGUACGGGUGCUAUGACAGCAGCACCGAUAGUGGUAGCAGCUACUCGUACUAUGAUGGUAGUGACGGCGGCAGCUGGCUCUACGACCGCUAUUAUUACGGGGGCAUCUCUCCCCUCGGUAUUCUGCUUGUCUGCCUUCUGGGAUGGUUCGGAGUAUGGCUCGUCAUCGGCCUCAUCGAGAAUUGGUUCCAGUUUCGACGCUUGAUGAGGGGUUGGCAGGCUCGCCGAGGAUUCCCAAUUUCUUGGUGCAUGGUUGCUCCUAUUGUCUCCUGUCUGCUCCUUCUGUUCUGCCGCAAAGGCUUUCAGGCUCGUACUUCCGAGGAGGCGCAGGUGCUUCAAGAGAAAUGGCAGCAAAUGGGAUUCUGGAGGAAAGUCGGCCUGUGGCUUCGGUGGGGUUUCGGAUUUAGUUAUCCACCUAUGCUGGGUCCUGCUCCAGUCAAGGUUGGAAGGCCCUCCAAGCGACCUGUUGCUGCCACCGCUCCUCUUCUUGGUGUAUCCCCACCACGGAGUGUCAUGUCAGAUGUCCAUUCCGAUUCGGGAAGCAAUCGCGGAGACAGUGCUGCCCCUGGUCCAGCAAUGACCUAUAUUCCAACGCCAGGCCAGACGCUGCAAGUUCCACCUUCAAUACCGCCAAACAGACAAGUCCGACAACAGCAGGCCCCCAUUCAGCCCAUACCUGAAGUUCCUUCAACGGCUAGCGGUGCUCUUCCCGCUGAUCCUAACACACAUGCAACAGAAACGUCUAGUGAGCCCCGAACUUCAUAG